AUGUUCGUUCCUCAUGCGCUGUUACUUCUCACGUAUGGCACCUUUGUCUGGGCCCUUUCAGUCUCCGACCUUGGCGAAGAUGACUUCUUCGACCUUGUGAAUUCAGACAACCUUGCUCUUGUGCUCUUUGUUACCCCUAGUUGUGUGAAGUGUGACGAGAUUACCACUCAGUUCGAGCAGGCCUCAGACCUCUCGCUCAAGGCCAACUUUGUACGGGUAGAUUGUUCAACUAACGGUAAAGUCUGCGAUGAUGUCGGAGUUCUUCAUGUUCCAGAGGUCAGGCUUUCCAGAGGCCGUGGUCGACUCACCCUUUACCGAGGCGACUUAGACACUUCAGCGUACUAUAACCCCCUUUCUCCCGAGAAGUUUUGCGCUAAGCACCUUGUUUAUUUUAGGCUAUUGUCAUUCAUCGAACGGCAACAUGGGCCAGCUAUUAUGGAACUAAGUGAUGCCAAUUAUCACGAGUUUUUGAGCCCUGAUUACGUUUCAAUCGUCGCUUUCAUUGACGAUAAAGAUAAAGACUUGGUCGAGCUAUAUUCGCAGGUGGCUGAGCAGCUUCGGGGUGAAUAUGCUUUUGCAAUUACCCAUAAUUCUAGUCGAGCGAGUGAUGAAGGUGUCACUCGACCAGGUAUUUUGCUUCUCAGCACAUUUGACGAGCGUCGCAGCAGCUACGAAGGGCCUUUUGACCAAGAUGCACUCCAGCUCUUUAUCAAGAAAUACGGGACGCCAUUGAUUGGAGAGCUACACCCGGAGGUUUUCUCUACCUUUGCCGAGACAAACUUGCCACUAGCACAGAUUUUAGUAGCUUCUCCAACAGAGCGCGAUCAUCUGGUUGACUUGCUCUAUCCGCUGGCUCGAAGAUUUAGCAGCGUCUUGACCUUUGUUACCGUCGAUUCAAACAGGUACCCCCAGCGGGCGGCAUUACUCAAUCUCGCCGACGGCACCAAAUUGGGUUUCGCAAUUGAGAAUGUCACCUCAACGGAGAAAUUUCCCUUGAAAGCCAGCUCGGUCAAUGCCGAAAGCAUCACAGUAUUUGUCCAAGAUUUUGUGGCUGGCAAGCUGAAACCAGAAGUCCGAUCUCAGCCUGUGCCAGUAAAACAACAAGGCCUCUGCGUCGAAUUAGUGGGACACACUUUCAGAGAAGCAGCCUUUGAUGACACUCGAGAUGUCCUUGUGGAGUUCUACACACCAUGGUGUGAUUACUGCCUCGAGUCACAUGAUGUACUCGAAGAGCUCGCGGUGCACUAUCGCGAUGUCGGACUCAGCGACAAGAUAUCCGUCGCCAAAAUCGACGUGAGUAGUAACGAUGUCCCUGAAUUGAUCACAGGUUACCCAACGCUGAAGCUAUACCCAGCUGGUGGACACCCCCCAGUUACAUUUCAGGGCAACUAUCGCGAGCCCAUUCCUCUAGCGACGUUGAUUUCUUUCAUUCAUGAUCAUGGCAGGAAUCAGCUAGAGGCUGGAGCGGCUUCCUUGGCAAGUAAGAGCUCGAGCACAGCCAAUUUAAGCCUGCAGCAUGAAGAACUGUAA